UGUUUCGUAGCGAGUGACGCACACGAGAUCAUGAGCGUGGAGCAGGAGACAACGAAGGCGCUGGAGUCGCUCUCGUUCGAGGAGCUGUCGCUGCUCAAUGAGCGCAAGGAAGCGCUGAAGAAGGACCAUGCAGCAUACGUGGAGGCUCACCCGGAGAUUAAGACGCUUCUGAGUGGCUUCAUGUCCGCUCUGUUGCUUGAGAAGCCCCAGGACGUGGUGGCCUUCGCGGCCGAGCAUUUCUCGGCCUUCAAGCCGCCGCACACGGAAUUGGAGCCCAUUGUGAUCGCUGGACCGUCUGGCGUGGGCAAGGGUACGCUCAUCAACCUGCUGCUGGAGAAAUUCCCCAACACUUUCGGCUUCUCUGUGAGCCACACUACCCGUGGCCCGCGCGAGGGCGAGGUGGACGGCGUGGCCUACCAUUUCACGGAAAAGGAGAAGGUGCUGAAGGAGAUCGAGGCCGGUCUCUUCCUGGAACACGCUGAGGUGCACGCCAACGUGUACGGCACCAGUAAGCGCGCCGUGCAGGACGUGCAGGAGAAGGGCAAGAUCUGCAUCUUGGACAUCGACAUCCAGGGCGUGCAGCAGGUCAAAAAGUCGGGUAUCCGCGCCAAAUACCUCUUCAUCGCCCCGCCCUCCAUGGAGGAGUUAGAGAAGCGUCUGCGUGGACGUGCCACGGAGACGGAGGACAAGAUCCAGCUGCGGGUCAAGAACGCCGCGGGCGAACUGGAGUAUGGCCAGCAGCCAGGAGUUUUCGACGCCAUCCUCGUUAACAAGGUGGUGGACGACAGUUUCCGGGAGCUGGUCGCUACACUCAAGCAGUGGUACCCUACUGUGGAGCUCAAGUAGAUGCAUUGGAACGAUAACGAACUACUCAAAUUCAAUGAAAUUCGAGUGAUGAAUCGUUAUUCUCUCAUUUAACUGAUGC